UAGAAAUGAAGAUAUAGAAAUGAGAUCACAUUCAUAUGGACUAAUAGAAACAAAGAUAUAGUCAAACCUCCAAUCGACUUCACUACUCCCAUCUCCAUCGCUCCCUCCUAAGCUAGUGUAUUAAUAAAAUAAACUGAAGAAAAUGGAUGCUUCUAAUGGAGAUUGCUGCCUUGGAUGGGCUGCCAGAGAUCCCUCUGGUUUUCUCUCACCUUACAAAUUCACCCGCAGGCCUGUUGGUAGUGACGAUGUUUCGAUAAGUAUACAGUACUGCGGUGUGUGUUUUGCUGACGUCAUUUGGACAAGAAACAAACUUGGCCAUUCUAAUUAUCCUCUAGUACCCGGGCACGAGAUUGUUGGGAUCGUGACGGAGGUCGGAUCGAACGUUGGCCGCUUCAAAAUCGGCGACCAUGUCGGGGUCGGAACUUACGUUAAUUCUUGCAGAGAGUGCGAUUACUGCGAUAGUAAAUUAGAAGUUCAUUGCUCUAAAGGUGCAGUCUUUACAUUCGACGGUGUCGAUGCUGACGGUACUAUUACUAAGGGCGGAUAUUCGAACUACAUUGUCGUUCACGAAAGGUACUGCUACACGAUACCCGAAAACUACCCUCCACAAUUAGCAGCACCGUUGCUAUGUGCAGGAAUUACCGUUUAUACCCCUAUGAUACGGCAUAACAUGAACCAACCCGGAAAGUCGUUAGGUGUGGUUGGUCUAGGUGGGCUCGGCCACUUGGCCGUGAAAUUCGGAAAAGCGUUUGGAUUGAAAGUGACGGUUUUUAGUACAAGUAUAUCCAAGAGGGAAGAGGCGUUGAAUCUUUUAGGGGCGGACAAUUUCGUCAUUUCUUCCGACGAAAAGCAGAUGAGGGGUUUGGAGAAAUCGUUUGAUUUCAUCAUAAACACAGCAUCGGGAGAUAUCUCGUUCGAUUUAUACUUGUCGUUGUUGAAGACAGCUGGCGUGCUUGCAUUGGUUGGAUUUCCUAGUGAAGUUAAGUUCAGUCCGGGAAGCCUUUCUCUAGGUGCGAAAACAAUUACAGGAAGUAUAACGGGUGGAACGAAGCAGACACAGGAGAUGCUGGAUUUUUGUGCUGCCCACAAGAUUUAUCCUGAAAUAGAAUUGAUCCCUAUUCAGUACUCAAACAAGGCGCUCGAGAGGCUGAUAAAGAAGGAUGUGAAAUAUCGGUUUGUGAUCGAUAUUGCCAAUUCUCUAAAGGGAGAUUUAUAGUUCUUUUUUUUUUUUUUAAUCGCAGAGAGAAGAAGGUCCGUUUGGACACUAUUUGCUUAAAUAAGUAGCCGGUUCUUGUUACUGCUACAUAAUCUCAUCUAGUUCGAGGACAACAGACGCUGAACCAUAUAUUCCACAGAUAUACCGAGAAAUUUAUAUUGCGCUUUUUACCGUCUAAACGGUUGAUAUCUAUGUAUUUUACUAUCAUUAGGCAGCAGUAGUCUUAUCUUUGCUAAAAACCGGAGAAUUUUGAAUAAUAAUGCUUAUUAUUGACUUACUGUGUUGCGCUU